AUGGCGAAGCGUCAGGUAGAGGAGACUGCGGAAAAUGGCAAAAAGAAAAAGAGGGGCUACCAAGAAAAUUAUAUUGAGUUCGGCUUCAUAGAAGCAAUGGAUAAAGUGAGAGGUGAAUGUAUAUUUUGCCGUGAGAAACUGGCAAAUGAAAGUUUGAAGCCCUGCAAGCUGAAGCGACACCAGACAACUAAACAUCCCGAGACGGUGGGUAAACCCAAAGAGUUUUUCAUCAGAAAAAGAGAGCUUGUUGUCACUAGUAGGCCCCAAAACAUAAAGGAGAGUUUCUUCAGGGCAGGAAGCGACCAGAGGCAGGCAACGGUUGCAUCCCUUGAGUGCUCUCUCCUAAUUGCCCGAGCCAAAAAGCCACACAACAUCGGCGAAACACUGAUUAAACCUGCGUGCAUUAAAAUGGCUGAGAUACUGUGUGGACCACAGGUGGCAAACAAAUUUAAGACUGUACCACUAUCCAACAACACAGUGAAAGACAGAAUCGACAGAAUGGCAGGAAACGUUGAGAACACACUCGUUGAAAAAAUCAGGACAGGCCCGUUUUCAAUCCAGCUGGAUGAAACAACCACUGUGGCAGAGGAAGCAAUUCUAAUUGUUUAUGUACAAUACAUUGAGGAAACUGAGCUUAAACAAGACAUUCUUAUGUCUGUUAAUCUCACAGCCACCACAAGAGGAGAGGAUAUUUUCGGUGUAGUCGACACGUACUUCACAAGGCACAAUAUUCCCUAUGAAAAUAUAGUUGCAUGCUGCACAGAUGGAGCCGCCGCAAUGAUGGGGAAAAAUAAGGGCUUCAACAGCCGUUUGAAGGAGAAGGCCCCGCACUGCUUAGUGUUUCACUGUAUGAUACACAGACACGCACUGGCAGCCAAACACCUCUGUGAAGACCUGGACGUAACCUUAAAGACUGUGGUCAAAAUAGUCAACUUUAUUAAAGCUCGCCCGGUCAACAAAAGGAUCUUUGCACAGCUGUGUGAGGAUGAGGCGCACCAGACACUUCUCCACACCGAAGUGCGUUGGCUUUCCCGGGGCAGAGUGUUGGUGCGUUUCAUGGAACUUAAAUGGCAAAUAAGGGAAUUCUUAGCCGUUCAUAACCAGAAACUAUCCGAAGAAAUGACCGACGAAUUUCUCAUUAAGACUUCAUAUCUUGCGGAGAUAUUCAGUCUGUACAACGAGGCAAACAAACGCAUGCAGGGCGCGGAUGCCAACGUAAUGGAGUGCAAAGAGGCAGUGGAUGCGUUUGUGCGCAAAGUGGAGUACAGGAAGAAUAAAUUGGGAAAGGGGGACCUGCAACAGUUUCCCUUGUUACUACAACAGUCAGGGGGGAAGUUAUCUGAUGCUUUGGCCAGACAAUUCACCCGCCACAUGGAGCAGCUUCAAGAGGAUAUGCACUCGCGUUUUUCUGAUAUUAAUGAACAUGUCUCAAAAGACGCAUGGGUGAUGGACCCAUUUCUCGCUAAAGAAGAAGAUGUGGAGCACCUCCAGGCUGAGGAUGAGCUCAUGGAUAUAAAGUCCAACUCUCUCUGCAAGCGAUUCUACGAUGAGCAUGGAUAUAAGCGGUUUUGGCUUGUGAAAGGACCAGGAGUCGCUCCUAGGCUUGCUCAUCAUGCGACCACCAGAUGCAUCUUGCCAUUUGCCACAACAUACCUGUCAGAGACUGCUUUCAGUGCUCUGGUCACCAUCAAAACAAAGGCACGCAACAGACUUGAUGUGCACAGUGACUUUCGUUUGGCUGUUACCAAAGUCACACCAGACAUCCCAUCACUGGUUCAAGAAAUACAGUGUUUGGGCGGACCCCUCCCCUACUCUGAGCUCCAAGCCCCGCCCACACCUCGGCUCUUUAAUGUUUACAUGUGUUUAAUGGAGGACGCUGCUGCUGGGCCCCGCUGGAGGAACGAACGGACAGGUCGUGGGAUCUUCAUUACUGCCCCAUUCGAAAAAGGGGACUUCCUACUAGAGUACCAAGGUGAACUCAUUACCCAUCAGGAAUGUGAGAGGAGGCAGAGGAUCUACCAUGACAGCCUUAAGGUCUUCAUGUUCAAGAUGACACUGAGAUGGCUGCAGGGGACUCAGGACACUGAGAUGGCUGCAGGGACUCAGGACACUGAGAUGGCUGCAGGGACUCAGGACACUGAGAUGGCUGCAGGGACCCUGGACACUGAGAUGAUGAACAAGCCCCAUGACUCUGAGAUGGCUGCAGGGUCAAGUCCAGAUCCAAGGAAUCCCAGCAGGGUUGGAAAGUGGUUUACAGAGACCUUCUUGUCAAGUGCUUCUCUUAGUGUAAGUCAGUAUCAGAUCUCUGUGUCUGACCUGAACAUGAUUGAUAUAAUUUAUAUGGGCAGUGGUAUAUAUGACCAAUAA